AUGGUUCGCCUCAAUACCCUCUCCGCGCUGGUCUUCGCGGCCAUUUCGUCGGCCGUCUACAUCGUUCCCGCUGGACACUGGCGUGACACCAAUGGGAACUUGGUGAAUGCACAUGCCGGCGGCGUCAUCUUUGACCAGCCAAGCAACAAGUACUGGCUCUUUGGCGAGUACAAGAUCGAAGGGCAGACGGAAGGGGGAGGCGUCAGAGUCUAUAGCUCCGAGGAUCUGGCCACUUGGGAGGAUCAUGGUCUUGCUCUGAAACCCAUUCCUGGACACCCUAGAAUCGAUCCAUCCAUGGUCAUCCAACGUCCCAAGGUGGUCUAUGCCAAGAGCACGGGCAAAUACAACAUGUGGUGGCACGCAGACGCCCCGAACCGAGCCUAUAACUGGCUUCUUCAGGGUCAUGCCGUCUCCGACACCAUCGAGGGCCCCUACACAUAUGUCGACGCCUAUCGGCCGCUUGGCAACUGGUCACAGGACUUUGGGCUCUUUACCGACCCUGGCACAAACAGAUCCUAUGCCUUGUACUCCAACGGCGACCGCCGCGAGGCCCGCGAUGUGUAUCUGACCUCGUAUAACGAGGACGUCACUGGGCUCGAAGAGACUAUCUACCGAUGGGACAAGUUUGACCUUGAAGCCCCCAGUAUUGUCAAGACGGAUGUUGGCUACUUUGCCAUCAUGAGCCACAAGACCGGGUACCGUCCAAACAAUGUCGUCGCGUUCCGUGCAGACAAGCUGGAGGGGCCUUGGUCUCAGCCGUGGAUCAUCAAUCCCUUGAAUACCCGGGGUCUAAACUCCCAGUCUGGAAACACCCUCACCAUCUAUGGGUCGGAGCAAACGACGCACCUAUACAUGGGUGACCGUUGGGAUCUGAACGCCAACUGGGAGGCAACGUAUGUGUGGCUGCCUCUCAUCGUUGACCCGGAGAAGAAGAGCAUCAGAAUCGAUUGGGUUGACGUCUACGACCUUGAUGUGAAAACUGGUUUAUGGUCCAUCGUCCAGGGGCAAACCUACUACAGCGCAGAUGCUACGCUCACAGGGGACGCGUGGCAUCAAGAAGCGCCAUUUGCGAGCAACGGGACGAUUGCGACAGGUAUUGAUGGGGACGAUAGCACCAUCAGUUUUGAAAUUCAAGGCGAGGGCGGGGAGCAAUGGGUGUCGGUUUAUUAUCAAAACAUCGAUGACCUGGGCUUUGGAGACUCGCCGUUUGGCGCUCCAGACCGUCUGGAUGGGAAGUGGAUCCUCCGUCGCUACGGCUGGGUCGAGAUUAACAACGAGCCAUCGUCCCGGCAACAAAUCUCCAUGAAGGACACCCACAAGGGCAUCAUCAUGGCUACGCCUGUGGCGGUGAACCUGACGGCGGGGAUCAACACCCUCACCAUCGGAGGCAUGUCGAACGGGAACGGCACAAAGGCUGGUGACGUUGACAAGAUUAUCGUGUAUCCUCUUGAGAAGAAGGGCGAGGGAUGUCGGCUGUGA